ACAGCCUGCAUGUGCAAAUGACGCAAUUGAGUCAACCACGUGUGUAAAUUCCAUGAGAGAUGAAAAUUUGUGUUUGUUGUCAAGCUAGUAUAAUCGUGUGGAUUUGCUAGUCUACAUGUUAUUAGUAACGUUAAAUGGCGCUAUGAGGCAGAGACUCUUCCACCUUUUGUGGAAACAAAACUGGGGGACCAGAAUGAGUUCUACGUCGAGGAUUAUGCGACCUGAUGAUGCCAACAUUGUUGGUAAUGUUCAUGGAGGGACUAUUUUGAAAAUGAUUGAGGAAGCCGGAUGCAUCAUUGGCACACGCCACUGCAAUACUCAAUCUGGGGAUCGCUGCCUAGCGGCUUUGGCCCGCGUGGAGCGGACAGACUUCCUGCACCCAAUGUUCAUCGGCGAAGUAGCCCAUGUCAGUGCUGAGAUUACCUAUACCUCCAAACACUCGGUUGAGGUGCAGGUCAAUGUUCUCGCAGAGAACAUAGUCACAGGUGCCAAAAAAGUGACCAACAAGGCAACGCUAUGGUAUGUUCCAAUUUCUCUUCAAAAUGUGGACAAAAUCAUUGAAGUUCCUCCUAUUGAGUACUCCAGCCCGGAACGGGAGGAAGCAGGUAAAAAGAGAUACGAGGCUCAGAAAUUAGAGCGAUUAGAGGACAAAGUGAGGAACGGUGAGAUCAUCAUGUCUGUCUCUCUUCCAGAUAGACAGACCAAAGAGCCCUUCACUGUUGUUUGUAGUCAGUCGAGUCUGAUUCACCUCGUCGGCCCGUCUGACUGCACCCUGCAUGGCUUUGUACAUGGAGGUGUGACGAUGAAGCUCAUGGACGAGGUUGCAGGGAUUGUUGCUGCCCGUCAUUGCAAGACCAACAUUGUGACGGCAUCUGUGGACGCCAUUAACUUUCAUCGCAAGAUCAAGAAAGGCUGUGUCAUUACUGUUUCCGGGCGAAUGACCUUCACCAGUAAUAAGUCAAUGGAGAUUGAAGUUUUUGUGGAUGCUGACCCACUGGUGGAAGCUGAGAAAGGGAAAUAUAGGGCGGUCACAGCCUUUUUCACUUACAUUUCCCUGGACAAAGAAAACAAGCCCCUUCCAGUGCCUCCUCUGAAGUUGGAGGGUGAAGAGGAACAGAAGCGGUUUGAAGAAGGGAAAGCGCGCUACCUGCAGAACAAGGCAAAGAGACUCGCAGAUAAGGAGCGUCAACAAUGACUUUUACCUCACAAACACCACACUGUGUUGUAGAAGAAAAUUCUAGAAUAAUAGAGCCGCAACGUUCAACAUACUGUAUUAAGAACCUCUGUUUUCACACAAAUGUAGCUCACUGAAUAGGAAAUAUAUAAAAUCGAAAUCAGAAUUAUUAGCCCCCCUUUGAAUUUUUUAUUCUUUUUUUUAAAUAUUUCCCAAAUGAUGUUUAACAGAGCAAGGAUAUUUUAACAGUAUGUCUGAU